AGAGAUAUAUUAUCAGUAUAUUUUGAUACUUCAGUAACAAUGGUUCGCUGGGACGUGAAAGGUAAAUCGUUGCUUAUCACCGGAGGAGCGUCAGGUUUGGGGGCGGCUUAUGUCCAGAGCUUCCUGAAGGCAGGAGUGAAACAAGUCGCUAUUCUAGAUAUAGCUGAAGAUGUAGGAAAAGCAUUCACCGCAGAUCUGAACAAAACAUACCCUGGGAAGGUUAUCUUCGUGAAAUGCGACGUGGGCAACGAAGAGUGCAUUACUGCAGCAUUCAAUGAGGUCGUUGCCAAGUUCAAGACUGUUGACAUUGUUUUCAAUAAUGCAGGGAUCAUGAAUGACGCGCCUCAUAUAUGGAGAAAGAUGUGUGACGUCAACGUGCAAGGGUUGAUAUCAUUCACGUACAAAGCCAUCAAGCACAUGCGCACGGACGAGGGCGGUGUUGGCGGUACCAUAAUUAACAUCGCGUCCACCGCCGCGAUAACCAAGGCCGACCUGCUGCCAGCAUACUUCGCUACCAAAUCUGCUGUCCUACAGUUCUCACAGUGCAUCGCUGGUAAUUUAUUCGAGCAAGCCGGUAUAAGAAUACUGACCCUAUGCCCGGGUGCCACGGACACGCCGCUUUUACAUAACUUGAAGCAAAAAGGCAGCGAUGAAAAAUCUGGAGAAAAACUCGACAAUCACAUAUCCAACCCCUUAGUUAUCACACAAUCCGUGGAUUCAGCAGUGAACGCAAUGUUGAAGAUGUACGAGGAGGGAGAGAACGGGUCUAUUUGGUUGACAACCGAUAACAAACCGGUAAAGAACAUCACGCCCGUUGUUGACGCUGCAUUUAACAGUUUCAUGGAUGCUAUCAUGAAGUAAAAGUAUUUAAAAAG